GGGUGUGAGAGAGAAAUCGAGAGAAAGUGAGAGAGAAUUACAGAGCAUUUUCCAACACGAUUACACGACCGAAUCAAACCCCUCUUUCUCUCCGAAGCUGCUUUUAAUAUCGUACUGGCCUUCGAUUGUUCUCCUCUUUAAUACAUACUGUUCUCUCUUCGAUUUGAGAAUCUUUUUUUUUUCUUAUACAGGGAACAGUACAAGAGUCUGAGCAUCGGUUAACCCAACUGCACAGGUUUUAAACUGCCGUCAUGGUAUCAUCGUGGUGUUGCGGGAAAUUGUGGACAAAUGUGCCCGUUGUGGCUGUAAAUUGUGGUUGUGGAGACUUCAAAAACCUUGAUGUUGCUGGCCAAAAUUAAGGUAGUCUCCAAAUAAUGGAGCCUCAUGAUGAGACUGGAUGCCAGGCUCCUGAACGCCCCAUUCUUUGCAUUAAUAAUUGUGGCUUCUUUGGAAGAGCAGCUACCAUGAACAUGUGUUCCAAGUGUUACAAGGACAUGCUGUUGAAGCAGGAGCAGGACAAAUUUGCAGCAUCAUCCGUUGAAAACAUUGUGAAUGGCAGUUCCAAUGGCAAUGGAAAGCAGGCUGUGGCUACUGGUGCUGUUGCUGUACAAGUUGAAGCUGUGGAGGUCAAGAUUGUCUGUGCUCAGAGUUCUGUGGAUUCGUCCUCCGGUGAUAGUUUGGAGAUGAAAGCCAAGACUGGUCCCAGUAGAUGUGCUACAUGCCGGAAACGUGUUGGUUUAACUGGUUUCAGCUGCAAAUGUGGCAACCUCUUCUGUGCAAUGCAUCGCUAUUCUGAUAAACAUGAUUGCCCUUUUGAUUAUAGGACUGUUGGUCAGGAUGCCAUAGCUAAAGCCAACCCCAUAAUUAAGGCAGAUAAGCUCGACAAAAUCUAGGCAUGCACUACUGAAGGUUAAUGUAUGAACCUUGAAGCUUCAUCUUCUAUAUGUAAGUUUCAUAUAUGUUGUCUUCCUGGUUUUUUAGGUGUCCUUUAGUGAUUAAAAUGAUCCAAGUCAAGAUGGCAAGGGCAUCAUUAGGGAAAACAUUUAUUGUUGGUUGGGAGAUCCACUUGUUAGCUCCAGUGUGUUUGUGCUGCUUUGAUGGACACUUUGGCUCAUUUUGUAAUUUGAUUUCCUGCUUGGUCUGCAUUUUUCUUCCUCAUUGCAUGAAAAGUAUUUCCUGCGUAGUCUUGUAUUGGUUUUGCUUUUGAAUCAUUAUAGGAAUGUUUAAUUUUUAA